GAAGUGAUAAAUUAAUUUUCAUUACAAAUGGAGAUAAUAUUAAAACCAUAUGGAAAGAGAUAUUGAAAAAAGAAGACUCAUUAGAUCAAAAUGAUAUUAAAAUAUUAAUUAGUUCAGCAUUAGUAGUUACAGAUAAAAAAUCUGGACAUGAAGUUGAAGAAUUGGUUACUGAGUUAGGAAAUCCAGAAAAAGGCCUUAAAAAAUUAAGAGAAAUAAUUAAUUUUCCAUCAAUGUCAUGUGAUGCGGGACUUCAAAAAAAUGUGUUAUCUUUUCAACAUGUCGUAUUACCUUUGAUGGGGUUACUGACUAGAACUGCUAUUACUGAAAGUAUUUUGGAGAAAUAUGUUCAUGCUAUUUUCUCGGCUGUCUAUAAUAAUAUUGAUUCAUUUCUUUAUAAUGUGAUAAUUAUGUUGAAGGAAUUGGUUCAACGUGAUUCUAUAAUAGAUAAUUCUAUUACUGUGGAUGCGUUAUUGAUGCGUCAAAGAUAUACAUUUGUUCCAUCUUCGUUGGGAAUAUAUUUCUUGAUCAUUGCACGUUUAUUUACAGAAUUAUUAUGUCGCAUUAGAGAAGCCACUUUGAACGAAAUGAUGCAUAGAUUAUCUAAAGCAUUACAACAAUUAUUAGUCAAUUAUCAGCAAAGGCUUCAACAAGGACUUUAUUCCAACUCAGCAGACCCCUUAAUUCAUAAUGAAGAAACAAGAAAAUAUUUUUUCCAGAUAUUAGAUAAAGAGAUUAAAAAAAUUAAUCUUAUUUUAAAUAAUGAACGAAUUACCAUAGAAUUUGAUCAAAGUACUUCAAAAAAAUCGAGAGAUUCGGAAUUGAUUAACUCGCGUUACAAAGAAUUGGCUAAAAGAGCUUAUAUGGAACGAUCUUAUGAUCCUCCUGGUGAUUUAUCAAAAAAUGGGAGAAGACAUGAUAAUGAUUUCAAAGAUAUUUCUGAAAUGUCAAUAAUUCCCACGGAAGGCGAAAUUUUAUGUGAUCGAUAUCCAUUCUUACCUUCCGUGCUUCCCGAUACUCCUCAUUUCUUGCCUGACGGCGCAGAAAAAUUGCUUGAUACCCAAUUUCGUCUUUUGAGAGAAGAUAUGUUAAAUCCAAUCCGAGAAGGAAUCAAAAACUUCUUAUUUGCAUUAUCAGAAAACAAUACUGCCGUAAAUAGCG